UGCAUUUGUCUAAUAAUGUUCAUGAUUUUGGGGCAUGCAUUAGCAGAGGUGUAUGUAUAUAAAAGGACCAAGCUUAUACUACACCUACAUCUAGCAACAAUAGUAGCUGCUAGUGUGGUAGGAAAACUGAAGCGGGCAGCAGCAUGAGCAUGGUAGAAUGGUCGUCGUCCACGGAUGAUGCAUGCGCCAUUGCCGACAUCUCCUCGCUUCCAUUGGAGACGCGGUUCCCGCCGUUCCGUCUUCGGCAGUACGGCGGGUUCUGGCUGCUGGAGAAGUUCUUGGAGGGCGUUCCGGCCCUGCACUCCGUCUUCGAGCCGAGGCCGUCGGACGUCGUCCUCGGCAGCUUCCCCAAGUGCGGCACCACCUGGCUCAAGGCCCUCGCCUUCGCCACGCGCAACCGCGCCGACCACCCGCCGGGCGGCCUCGACCACCCGCUCCGCCGCCGCAACCCCCACGACAUCGUCCACUACCUGGAGCUGCAGUUCGCCGUUUCCAUGGGCCACGCGCUGGCGGCGCUCCCUUCGCCGCGCGUGCUCGCCACGCACCUGCCCUACUCCCUCCUGCCACGCCGCAUCACCGCCGGCCAGGGCUGCCGGAUCGUCUACAUCUGCCGGGACCCCAAGGACGCCUUCGUUUCCUCGUGGUUCUUCACCAACAAGACGGCGGCCGCCGAACGGGCGCGAGCCGGCGGCGAGGAGCCUCCGCCGUACACGUUCGAGGAGGCCUUCGAGCUCUUCUGCGACGGCAUAUGCGUCAGCGGCCCGCAGUGGCGCCACGUGCUGGGAUACUGGGAGGAGAGCAGGAGGCGGCCGGAGAAGGUGCUCUUCCUCCGGUACGAGGAGAUGCUCCGGGACACCGCGGGCAACGUGAGGAAGCUGGCGGAGUUCAUGGGGUGCGGCUUCUCCGGCGAGGAGGAGGCGAGCGGGGUGGUGCAGGACAUCGUGGAGCUGUGCAGCCUCAAGAGCCUCAAGAACAUGGACGUGAACAAGAGUGGCAGCCAUGGCCCGCUGGCGCACGAGUCAUUCUUCAGGAAGGGCGUCGCCGGGGACUGGAGCAACCACAUGACGCCGGCCAUGGCGGAGAGGCUCGACACGAUCGUCGAGGACGCGCUGAGAGGCUCGGGGCUCACCUUUGACGUCGCAGCACCAGAGCCGUCCGCAUGAACGUGUGCGCCAUGCCAAUGCCAUCCAUGCCAUGCAUGGGUUCUCUUUUAUCAGUGUGGGAUGCCAUCAUGCAUCACUAGCUACUGGAAUUACACGCUACGCCCUGUGUCACAAACACUUGGGAAUGCCCAAACAAACCAACAAUGCUACUCCCUCCGUUUCUAAAUAUAAGUUUUUUAAAGAUUUUAUUAAAGGACUAUAUACGGAACAAAACGAGUGAAUCUAUAUUUUAAUAUAUGUCUAUAUACUUCCAUAUGUAUUUUCCUAGUGGAGUACAUUUAUGUAAAUGUUUACAUACGUUUACGGCAUAGUCCAAUUUGACAGUAA